AUGCUGAUAACAGCCCUACGAUUGUAUCGCCUUUUCAAAGGUAUAAAGAAAAAACCAAUAUCCUUGAAGGUUGUUAAAUUGCAGCAAACCUCCUUGCUUGAACAUUUAAGUGUGAAAAUAUCACGUGUACAGUUGAAUGUAUAUACAUAUGAAACAAAAUCGCAUUUAUCUACUAUGGCGCUACCAGUCGCCGACACGGACAUCAGCGAUAACAAUCAAAUGCAAAAUGGAACUCAUUUCACAAAUAAAGACGUUGUGAAAUCGGAAUGUUUCAUGUCGCGAAAAUAA